AAUCGAUUUUUUUCUAUUGUUUACUUUUUGAUUAUUUUUUUUAAUUUGAUUGUUACAAUUUUAUGGAAAUCUAAUUACAUAAUUAAUUAAGUGAUUUAAUUUUUUCUCCAAUUUAAAGAUGGAUAGCUAGUCACUCUACCCAAAGAUUUCAGGGUUAACCUUGUUUUCAGUACUGUUGCACAUUGGAAUCGGUGGAUGAUUGUCUCUCUCUCUAGGUGAAUACCAAGUGGAACUGAAUUUUCAUCUCUUCCAUUCAAAGUUGAUUGUAAAUUUGAUUAUUUAUUUGCUAAUUGGCUAAGGAUGAAAUUUUCACCAAUUCCUGAUAUUGAUCAGUAAUUUAACUGUUUCAAAUUAAUUCAAUACCAUUUUAAGCAUAAAAGAUAAAGUCAUCACUUGAACUGAUUAUCAAGAGAUACUCAAAACUGAUUGACUAUUGAUAGUAAUUAACAUUUGUCUCAACAUGUCAAUAGUUAAUCUAAUCAUUUAGUUUUAGAUAAAACUAGUAGAAAGUUAAUUAACUCGAUUAAUUGUAGUUACAUUGUUUAUCCUCAACUUGGUGGUGAAAAAUAUCAAAUUGUGUUAACGCUUUCAUUUCAAUAUUGUAGCAAUUAAAAGUGAGUACCAAAGAAUAUCAAUAGAAUCAUAAUCAAGGAAUCAUAUUUCUGGUGGUAAAAGCAUCGAGGGCGAUUUAAAUUGUGAUAAAAAUGAGGAUGAUCAUGUAACUGGAAUACAUGAUAGCUUGAUUAUGGAAGCGAAGAAACAAAAAAUUAGAUUUAAACUCAAUGAACUUUUCCUUUGCUCGAAAAUCGUAGAUAUAAAUAGCUCACCGUGUAGAGUUAUAUACAUUUCUGGAUUUGAUUCACAAUUGAUUACUCCAUUUAUAUUUAUCUAAUUGUUAACCUUAAGUGUUGAUUGUUAAUAUCAUUUUUCCCCCGCUACAAUCACGUUGUAAGCGGAGAGACGUCGAUUGUACUUUGUGAUUUUGUUACCAUUUUAUUGGAUUUUGGUAAUAUUUUGGUUCUAUUUCAUCUCAGCUGUUAGUUGAUCACAAUGAUCAAUUUUUCACUCACUGUUGAACCUUUGAUUCUGCUUUAUUUAGCAGCAAUUAACUGUGAAUACACUUUGAUUCAAUAUUCAGUUUCAACGUCCCAUUGUCUUUCAUUGACCAAUCUAACUGACCCAUCCAUUUGUGAGUCACCAAAAUCUCCCAAUGUUUCAGCUCUAAUCAAAGACGAUGUGACAAUUUCAAUGAGAAAUUACAACUUUUUCCUGUCCAUUUGCUGUUCACUGGCCACUCUGUUCACCGGCUCUUGGUCAGAUUAUUAUGGAAGACGAUUACCGAUAAUGUUUGCCCUUUUGUCCUCCAUUUUGGCUCAAUGUCUUUGCAUAAUUUUCUGGAUUACACUUGAUCACAAUUUAAUUUGGUUAAUCUAUUUGGCUGGAUUAGUCUCUGGUAUCUCUGGAUCAUCAUCAAGUCUAAUUGCAAACUGUUUCGGGUACACAGCUGAUAUAACCAGUAUUAAAGAUCGAUCUAAGGCCAUGUCCGCUAUGGAGGCCAUGUUAUACCUCGGCGGUGCUAUUGGCUUUUCAACCGGAAGUUUAAUGUUGAAAAUCUUUUCACCUUCUUUGGAAAAAGGAUUCGCUAUUCUUUUCAUGCUUCAUUCAUGUCUAUUCAUUUACGUCUUUUGCUACCUGAGAGAAUCAAAAUCCACAAUCGAACCAAUAACACCCAGAGGAUUAUUUAGAUUGUCUCAUAUAACCAGCGUCAUUUGGACCAUUACCCAUCGUCGAUCGACCCCUUAUAAGCGUUUCUGGCUUCUCUCAAUCAUAGGAUGUGCCUUCAUCGCGACUUUUGGUUCUAAUUCAAUGUCGUCCAUUCUUUAUGUUUUCCUACGAAACAAACCGUUAAACUGGACAUCCGAUUUGUAUGGUUACUUACAAUCAAUCAAUUAUCUUCUAGGAGGAUGCACUCUGUUAAUUAUGGUACCAUUGGUACAGAAAUUUAUCCCUCGUCUUGUGAACGAUGAUCUUUUUGCUUUAAUGGGAUUUACAUCUCGAGCUGUUGGUUUAAUUGCAAUUGGAUUAGCUCAUUCAUCACUUCAUGCUUUCCUUACACCUUUAGGAUUUAUAUUUUCAGAGUUAACUUUACCCUCGCUGAGGUCAAUUGUUUCCAAGAUCGUGGAUGCCGAUGAAAAAGGUAAAGCAUUUGCUUUCCUUGGACUAUUAUCAAAUGUCACCUUCUUACUUGGAUCACAAAUAUCAAGUUUAAUCUAUUACAAAACUUCAUCCUUUUUCCCUGGAUUAGUGUUGAUUAUCCUUGGAUGUUUGGAGAUAAUCCCAGUCACAGUAUUUUUGAUCAAAUUUAUAUUUUACAAUCAAUUCUUUUCUCCUUCAAUCAUCUCUGAUAAUGACAAUCAACAAAUCAAGAAAGAUGAUCAAGGUGAUGAUGAAAAUUUCAAUGGUCAAGGUGAAAGCUCAACAAGACAAACUGACCAACAGGGAAUUGAUUCAUUGGCUGCUGGAAUAACUAAAUUAACACAAAAACAAGUAUCAGCUUAAACCAAAUGAUUAACUAUUGUGCCAAUAACAAUAAUCAAUUAUUCAAUUGUUAUUCAAUAGUUAAUUGAUUAUCUAAUUAAUUUUAUUGUUAAUUGUUUACUGGUAUAGAUGCAAAGUAAUUAAUAUAACACUUUUUUCAUUUAAAUCAUUUGCUCACCUCGAAACAUUAUCAGUGUAUUUUAAUUGUUAUUGUUAAUUGUAAAUUACAAUUUGUAAUCUCUGAUUAUCUUAAUGAUU